UGGAAACAUUUCUCACAAGUACAGAGACAUUUUCACCAUUUUCAGUGUUGAAUGUCAGGAUGGGACAUGCUUUCUUCUGUGCAUCUGGGUUGGUUUUGCUGAACACACUUCUGUCUUGCGGACAAACUGAAGAUAAACCCAAACCUAAUCUCAGUGUGUCUUCAUCAUGGCUGAGUCCUGGGGCAUCAGUGACUCUACACUGCAGUGUUAGAAAUCACUCUGCAGAAUGGAGGUUCUACUGGUAUCAGGCUUUUUUCAAAAAUUCAAGCAAGGGCUACUACUUUGAGCUGCUACCAGGUGGUAAAAAUGGAACUGCACAAAAUUCCUACAUUGUUCAUGGACAGAAACAGACGGCAGGAUAUGCAUGUAGAGCUGGAAGACAACAGCCAGAGCAUUUCACUUCGGACAGCAAACCUGUAUUUGUUUGGUCUGCAGAUUCUAGUUCAGCAACUGCAACUGUCAAAGUGACUCCUGACAGAGUGCAGCACUUCUCUGAAGAGUCUGUCUCACUGCGCUGUGAGGGGAAACCUUCUGAGUGGAGAGUGAUGAGGCUGAGUGAAGCAGGCUACCUUGCAAACUGUUCUGCCUGGGGAACAAUGAGUGGAUCCACCUGCACGAUCAAAAAUGCUACAACCAAACCAGCCGUGUACUGGUGUGAGUCUAAACUGGGUGGCUUCAGCAAUGCUGUCAACAACACAGUGCAAAAAAGCAAUAUAAUACUUGUGAGCCCGGUCCACCCAGUUACUGAGGGAGAAGCUGUUACGCUCCACUGCAAACUGAGGAACAAAACUUUAAAAUCCUCUGUGCUUUUCUUUCGAAAUGAUAACCUCAUCAGCAAUGACACCAGAGGGAGGCUGAAUAUCCCUGCAGUGUCAAAAUCAGAUGAAGGCUUUUACAAGUGUCAAUAUUCAGAAAAACAGUCACCACAGAGCUGGAUGUCAGUAAAGGCGGUAUCCAGGCCUUUAAAGUCUUCAUUUACUGCGCAGAUGAUUAUUGGAUUUGUUUGUGGGAUUUUACUGAUUGCUAUCCUACUCGUGAUUUAUCUGAAAGUCAAAGGAACACAGUGCAAACAAACCCAUGUUGAUUCUGCAGUUUCUGAGGUUAGCCAGAAUGCAUGUCAGCUUGAAGCGCUCUACUCUGAAGUCCAUGAUGAUAAUCUGCUGUAUGCCCUGGUAAUGCACAAAAACAAAGGUGAAACCCAGAACAAUGCAGGUAGACCAUCACAGGCAGCAGCGGAUGGCGCUAUCUAUUCUGAAGUCAGACUACAGGAAAACAGCUCUUGUUCAUAGAAAGAAGCUUCAGCUUUACAGCAAGAAUUUCCUGAGUUUGAAUCGACCUAGUUGGACCUUUCUGUGUGCAGCUUGCAUUUUAUUUGUGCCUGUGUGGGUUCUCUCAGAGUACUCUGCUUCCUCCUACAGUCCAAAGACAUGCAUGUUAGGUUAACUGUGUUUGUGAAUGUCCAAAGUCAUCUGACUGUGUUAGCCAAAAUGUUCAGGGUGUAUCCCACCUUUUUCCCUGUGACAGCUGGGAGAGGGUCCAGGAAGAUUUUCUCUGUAAUUGAACAUAUUUUGCAUCUGUAGCCCUUACAGUUGUCUGGAUUGGUGUUAAAGCUGCUUCUUUCAUUUUUUUUUUAUACUUUUGCACUUUUCCACUUGAAUUCUGCUUGUCCUUCAGUCUUGUCCACACUUCCACUUAAAAUCUAAAGGUGAGAGGUCUUUCUCUGAGUCUCCCCUCUUUUGUAAAGUCCCCCUCCUGUUUGGAAAUUGUUUAAUCAAUCUUGAAGACCUAGCUAUUUUCACAGGCUUUUGGGUCCCUUUGAAACCGGCUAUGGGUCUGUUCUGUCUUAGUUUAUCUUGGUUCUUUGUGUUAUUUGUGCACGUAUGUGUAUAUGUAUAUAUGUACACAUGCACACGUGAGUAUCUGUGUGUAUAUACUGUACAUGUUCCCUUUCAGCACAUGAUGUGAUAAAUAGUAACUCAGGAAUGGUGAAUGGUGAUAUGACUGCUACAGGAGACUUUACAUUUCAUUUCAUGUGUCAUUUUUGGCUUGAUAGCUAUUGUGGUGGUUAUUAAAGAAGUCAUUACCAUGAUUUUAAAUGUUUUCUGCAAUUUAAAAUAACUACACUUUCAGUACAUUAUCUGUGUAAAGAACAGUGUGCAGAAAAUUUAAUGAUAAUAAACAUAAAGAAAGAAGAAAUACGCCUGGCAUGACUGUAUGAAAUUUAUUUCCUCUUUUGUCAUCAUAUACUGUUCAAACCUGCCAAACUGUCAAUAAAUGUGUCACUGUUAAUUUCUGUGCCUUUUUAGCACCACAUAAAGAAUAUAUAUAAAUAUCACAUGUGGUGAUGUGCUAUACAA